CGUCUUAUUUGUAAUAUGUAACAUGUCGGUUGUUUCACCAGAAUGUCAAACGAAAUUUAGAUACUGAAAAAUACUUUGUGACUGUCACCGUUCGAAUGGAAAGCUGAGCUGCUAAUUAGCCAGGAGCUAACUCUGCUCUGAGCUGUCGUUUAAAAACAACAGCAAGUGGUUUUUCCAUAUACGUCACUGUCUUCAGUAAAUAUUAUUAGAGUGACACCUGGAGCAGUUUAGGCAAGUCCAGUUUGCGCACAACUGUCGUUUCUUUACUAAAAUUAAGGUCGUAACCUAAUUUUGUUAGUAACGUUUUCAGAAAAUCGAGUAUGUAGCAUAAGGUAGACGUAUGGUCUUUUACACAAGCGACCAGUAUAAUCAUUACCAAGCAGUCUGCUUCCUGGAAGUUCUUUUUUUUUCCCCAUUGACAGCUACAGUAACAGCGUAUGAUACUGUGGUCAUCUGCAGCUGCACAGUCCCCUGCUUCUAUUCUUUGUUUUAAUAUUUGUUUACUCCUGCAAGUGGUCACCAUUUUCAAGAUGGAGAUGUCUAUGUUUUGAGUCAAACUGACUCAAAGGUCAGCUGGUGUCAACGCACCAAGAUGGAGAAAUGAGUGUUUCAGUUCGCUGAGGUAGACUGAUAACUAAUUUUCACAAAGUUAUAGAAUAUAAAAUGUAAACAAACAAAAAACAACAAAACACUACAACCAAGGCUAAUGCUAGUGCAGACAUUUUCUUUCUAUUGUUAUGACACUGAACUGUAGUUAAAAUGAAUGCAGUGCAACGGAAAUGGGAAAACAGUGUUUCAUUGUUGUAAGUAUUUGUUUUCUUUAACUAUACUGUAAUUAUUUUUAUUUAUUGGGGGCUGGAGGUCAACUGAGCUAGUAUACCGUAGCCUGAACAGCCCAGUAACAUACCAGUCAUUUACUGAUAGAGAGUGUAGAUUCACUCAUUGUAAUGUAAGGUUUUAGAACCUUUUUAGUGUUGUAUUACCCUUGAAAUAAAAAGUUGUAAAUAGCUGUGCAAUGCCUACUAAUUUUAGAUGCUCUUAGUGCAAGUCAAUAAAAUGUAACGGCUAAUGGCGCACUCGAAGAAUGCACAUUUGUUGUAUAGAUUUGUCUAAUUUAGCAUGCAUUAAUCUUAAAUCUUAAGUUCUUAUUUUGUUUUUGCAUUGUUUAAUUUAUACAAAUAAUUGUGUCUUACAAGUUGGACUCUUGUCGGUGACGUUAAAAGGUUUGAGUGCUCCACUGCUGUGGUUAAAUAUUUCCUUGUCUGCUCAUAUUCACUGCAGUUAAUUUUUCCCUGACAGCCUAAUGGCUUGUGGAGCUAUCUUUGACCACAGGUGCUGCAGCUAAUGUCCAUGGAACCGUAUUAGUAGCAGGGAGUAAGUCACACUGUACCUACUUCGGUCAGACACUCUCAAAUCUCCCUCUCAGGUCCCGAGCUAUGUUUGGAGUUCAGCUGAUACGAUAUAGGUACAGUACGACGGAUUCGAGGAGGAAAAAUAAGUAUCGGCUGCUCUGCGUAGUCCCAGAAAAUGAAACUUGAUAAUAAUUGAUUUUAGUAUCUCGAACUUGGUUAAGGAGCAUUUAGUAUGCACACGCUGCUGCUGUCCGUACAAUAUCAUGUUCAUGUGACAGAGUUCAUAGUCCCCAAGAUAGAUGACGCCUCCUGGAGUCCAGGAAGGUAGUGUUUACAGAAACACUUUCACGUGGGCUGUAUCUGGGUACCCGGGAGUGUCAGCAGAGUGGCGCAACAUGCCAAGUCACUUGACUUUGGGUGGGGCAUAAACGGACACAAUUGCAACAGACUACACUUCCUGUUAGCACGUCUAGACCAUGUACUUGCCUGUGGCUACAGAUGAAGUGUUUGUAAUGUCAAUAAUACCUGGAGAUUUCUCCUCGCAGGUUCAAGGCAGUCAAUGAUGGACUCCAGCUCUCGUCGGCUGCCGUUCUGUCUGUCCAGCUCACGUUCGUCCUACAUAUCCGGUCCGUCAGUUUCCUCCUCGUCUCUGGGCUCCAGCAGGUUGAACAGUAGGGAGACAACGCUCAGCAAUGACCGCUUCCAAAGGGGUCCGUCGUCCUACAAGACAGACCUGGACCAGCAGAAUUCACGUUACCUGAGCUCUUCCCGAGACUACAGCGGCUCUGACAGUCGUUCCACCAGCUGGAGGUUACCCACGUCUUUGACCUCAUCCGGCAGAUCAUACGAUUAUACCCGGAAUGAUUCUUCUCUGAGCAGCAGGAGCAAACUGAGUGACUCAGAUAGCAGGUUUGGGAUGCGCUCAAGUCUGUUAAACACCAGUGAUGAUGGCGAUUCUAAAAGGGCCAAACUGUCCUAUAGCAACAGAGCACUGUACUCAAGAUCGUCCAGCGCCUCACUCACAGGAUCAGUGUAUUCCACUAAUGGGCUGAGCAGUGGCAGAGGUGCUGCUGAAAAUCCGAAAGAGUUGUUUGAUUCUUCAAGGGGUACAGGUUAUUCAAGGCCAUCAUCUUCCUCCUCAAAGGCAUUUUCAUCUUGGAGAGAACAGGAGACAAAGUAUGAGCCCAGACUGUUAGGAUUGGGAGAAAGAAGAACCAGGACCCCUGGAGUGGUGUCCUCUCUAUAUCAGACUGACAGGGUAACUUCCACAUAUGCACAGGGAGCAAGGCCCAAAGAGACAUCCUACACCUCCUCUCCCUCAUCUACUGCUAGAGAAAGGUCUUUUAAUCACCAGUUUUCAUCCUCCUCCUCCUCCGCUUCCCAUUUUUCUCCUCUGGUACAAGAGCCGAGCAGCAGAGCUACUGCCCGUCCGUUGAACAGCUCAAACCUCCGCUCAUCUCAGAACCAAACAGUAAUCCCAGAAUCCUCCUCACAUGUGCCCUCCUCCUACUCACGACGCAGUUCGUGGUACACAAGACCAGAGUCCACACUCCCUCCGAGGCCGGCGUGUGAGAGUGAGGAGCCGCAGGGCCGUAGCUCCACACGACGUCUCCUGUCACGUCUGUUUUCGCGACGCUCCAGCCAAGAUUCCUCCAGCGGAUCUUCGAGCGUUCGCUCCCUUGAUGAAGAUUCUCCAUCCACUGGGGGAGAGUCUGUGGAUGGAGACGAGGGAACCCGGAUGACUAGUGUAGAUCUUGACCGCGCAGGUUUGGAAGCAACUUUGAGCAGUCUCAGAAAUGGCAGAGCAGAUCUCACACCUAUUCAGGAAAACCACAACAGUGUAAAUCCUGCUGCGUCCAGAAUGUCAUCCUGGAGAGAGCCUGGUGUAGGCAGCAGUAACAGUAGCAGAGAAGGAGGUGGCGGCAACUCCUCCUGGCUCACCUCCUCACUCCGUGGUCGUUGCCCUCCUCUACUGUCUCGACUCAGAAGACACACCAGGCAUGAGAAUGCACAGUCAGCUGCGGCGUCAGAAGAAGGGGAAGGAGGUGCUGGACGCCCUCAGCGGCUCCUCAGGAGGUGGGAGGACGCAGAGCAAAAAACAUCAGAUGAAGAGGAUGGAGACGACGACGAGGAGGAGGGAGCAGUUGGUCUGGAAGCCUUCGAAGCAGGUCACCCCUGGGAACUGGAUGAUGAAUCAUUACCUGAACUUGAAGAGGGCACAUUAUCUUCAUCUCGCCGCAGACAAGCACCAUAUCAAAACCCUUUCAUGGGUCCGCUGAGAGGCGCUGAGAUCUCACUGGACAGUCAGAAGGAGAAGGCUGACUCCACCAGGGAUCAGGAGAAGCUGCGCAAGAUCAAAGAGAGUCUGCUCCUGGAGGAUUCCGAUGAGGAUGAAGGCGACCUGUGUCGUAUUUGUCAGAUGGGCGAGGAUGCUGUUUCCAACCCUUUGAUUCAGCCCUGUCGCUGCACAGGCAGUUUGCAGUACGUCCACCAGGAGUGCAUCAAGCGGUGGCUGUGUUCCAAAAUUGGUUCAGGCACAAAUUUGGAGGCUAUCACAACAUGUGAACUCUGCAAAGCAAAGCUACGUUUGAACAUAGAUGACUUUAACAUUCAGGAGUUGUACAGGACACAUGCUCAGUCGGAGUACGAUGAGUUCAUCAGCAGUGGCCUCUAUCUGGUGGUGUUGCUGCAUUUUUGUGAGCAGAGAUUCUCAGAUGUCCUCGGAGCGGUGGAUGCAGCUGGGUUAUUCAACCUGGUGAGAAUCCUACAUGAACAUAUGGACAGUCUUCGAAAUUCUAACGAAGACAGCGACGGGGAGGUGCCGGACGGCCGUCCCUCUAUAGACUUUUCGGACCUUGAUGAGGAUCUGGAGGAUGUAUUUGAGUAACGAGAAAGAAGGGAAUGAACCUGGAUUAGAUUGUCAGAUGCUGCGGAACAGGUUUACAACAAUUGAUGGUUUGCCUGGUAUUUGCAGAAGCUUUGAAGUGAGGAAGUGCAAAUGCUGUACAUGCGGGGGCACUUUAGGAAAUAUGCAAAUUGAAAUGAGUUACAGAAGAUUUUGACUGACGCAGCUCUAUUUGUGUCAGGCUACACUGUAUUCAAUGAUAAUCCAAUAAAAAUGCAAGUCACUUCUUAACACUUACCUACCACAAGUGCUCUAUAGAUGAAUUCAGACAAAAGGAUCGAUGGUGUAAGGUGUAGAUUAUAUCAAAGUGUGUUGCUGAGACAUUUUAUGGAUGACGAGAUGACAGUGGUUCAGCAUUAUUUUCAGAUUAUUGUUCAACUUUUUUCUUUGUUUCAUUGUAUGAAAUUAUUUAUGUAUGUGUAAAUCGUGAUUUAAUUUUGGAAAUAAAUGAUUGCAGGCUACUA